AUGCCAUCAUUUAAAGAACGUUUUCGUCCAUCUCGAAAAUUUAAGAAACACAAAGAAGCAGGGGUCGCUGGUACAGAUGAAUCUAAUAAUUCUGUUGUUGCUAGUACAAUAUCAAUAAAUACUAGUCACAUACCCAAAACAGGUAGGGCAUCAUUGACGACAGUAUCAAUAGCAACAACAGCAGUAGCAGCAGCAGCAACAACCACAACAGCAACAACCGGCAAAACUAUCGAUGAACAUACCGGUUCGGCAGCAUUCUCAACUUAUCAUUCUUAUUAUUUAAUUGACCAAUGUGAGUGA